GAGCUAGAUGCUGAACAUGCACAGAAGGUUUUGGAUAUGGAGCACACGCAGCAGAUGAAGCUAAAGGAACGUCAGAAGUUCUUUGAAGAAGCCUUCCAGCAGGACAUGGAGCAAUACCUGUCUACAGGAUACUUGCAGAUAGCAGAGAGGCGAGAACCGAUUGGAAGUAUGUCCUCCAUGGAGGUGAAUGUGGACAUGCUGGAACAGAUGGAUUUAAUGGACAUGUCUGACCAAGAAGCACUUGAUGUCUUUUUAAACUCGGGAGGCGAAGACAAUAAUAUGCUUUCUCCCAUGCUGGGGCCUGACUCCACCACCUAUGUGAAUGAGAUAAGCCUUCAGGUUCCGAGCCAGUCUGAGUUACGACAGAAACUGUCUUCGCUGUCAUCAACCUGUACAGACUCUGCCAGCCAAGAUGCGAGUGAAGGAGAGUCUCCAGUUAUUCAGUCCGAUGAAGAGGAGGUUCAAGUGGACACUGCUCUUGCUUCUGUAACUGAAAGAAAGGGUGCUUCAGAUGUUAGUGAUGAAAGUGACUCUCAAACCAUUUGAAUCUUAAAACCAUAUCCUUUAAGAAUGACUUUUGAAUGAAUGAACAUGUGAAUGAAGAGCUUGCCUGUGUAACAAUUUACUAACUAAGCAUAACAGCCAGAUCUUUUUACUUAGUAAUACUGCCUUUUUACAGAAUUGCCAGUCAUGUGGAGGUUGGCUUUUUAAAAAAAAAAAUGCCUAAAGCACACACACUUCAGCAGUAGUCAUGGGGCUCAGGGGAGCAGUACAACUGUUGUAUAUACUAUGUAUAAGGGAAGUACAGCGGAAAGAUGCAAGUUACUUUGACCACUAACCUUUAAAUGGCUGACAGGAAAUAUUUAGACUUGAUGUGUAAUACUGAACCCAAAUUGUUCCUUGCAUGUUUUCAGCUGCUGCAACUGAAGAUUUAGGAUACAAACCAAAAUGAAUAGUUGUUUUCUACUCUUUACUACCUACUGUCUGCCUACUGCCUUUGUCUACUAAUGCAGCAGUGUCUACUCGCUCACACUUCUUAUUCAGGACCAACUUAGUUAUAUCCUAGGUGUUAAGGAAAAAAAAAAAAGAAACUGAAAAGGAGGAUAGAUGCAUAUGAAGUGUUAUACUUCUCAUGGAGCAGGUAUCUUAGCAUUGUAUAAACUUAGUUCUCUUUCAAGAUAAAAUAAAGUGUUUCUAUCCCAACCA